GAUUUGCAGGCAUAAAUUUAGUGUGUUUGUUUUGAUAGUAAGAUGGCAUUGACAUUCCUUAGAGGGAUACAGCUUAACCCGUCUAUGUUAUACCCUUCUUCAUAUUUUGCAAGAAAACAUGGUGUUUUGUAUUGUUGUAUGAGAAAUGCACAGACACAAACUGCAACCCAAGAAAAGGAACAGACUAAGUUGAAAGUUUCCACACAAAGCCAACCGAAAGCAGUUGAUAAAUUUCUGAAGGAUUUUGAGGCAGUUAUUGGGAUAGAAACCCAUGUUCAACUUUCCACUCUUACUAAGGCUUUUUGUAGCUGCCCUUAUAACUAUGGUUCUCCACCAAAUACCAGUGUUUGUCCUGUUUGUAUGGGUUUGCCUGGUGCAUUGCCAGUGUUGAACUCAAAGGUGAUAGAGUGUGCAGUAAGAGUUGGCCUUGCACUUAAUUGUAAACUGUCUUUGAAUUCCAAGUUUGAUAGAAAACAGUACUUCUAUCCUGACCUUCCAAAAGGGUAUCAAAUAUCACAGUUUGAUGUCCCAAUUGCUAGUGGUGGUUAUCUUGAUGUGGAUCUUCCACUCGAGUAUGGCGGUGGCCAUAGAAAGUUUGGCAUUACCAGGGUGCAUAUGGAAGAAGAUGCAGGGAAGCUGCUUCAUACCGACGGUGGGAGCUACUCACAGGAAAGAGUUGACUUAAAUAGGGCUGGAGUCCCAUUGUUAGAAAUUGUAUCUGAACCAGAUAUGAGAACUGGUAUUGAAGCUGCAGAAUAUGCUGCAGAAUUGCAAAGGUUGGUCAGGUAUUUGGGAGUGGGUAAUGGGAACAUGCAAGAAGGAUCACUUCGCUGCGACGUCAAUAUUUCAGUUCGUCCUAUUGGGCAAUUAGAGUUUGGUACAAAGGUUGAAAUUAAAAACCUGAACUCCUUCUCAUCGAUGAGUAGGGCCAUUGAUUAUGAAAUUUCAAGACAGGUGGAACUACACAACCAAGGCCAGAUUGAUCAAAUUGUACAGGAAACUCGUCUAUGGGAGGAAGGUGCUCAGAAAACAGUAACCAUGCGAAAAAAGGAAGGACUUGCUGACUAUCGUUAUUUCCCUGAACCUGAUCUUCCUGGAGUUACUCUCACCGAGGAGUAUGUGGACAGUAUCCGUGAGUCAUUGCCUGAACUUCCAGAAGAUAAGCGUCGGAGGUACGAGAAAAUGGGCCUAAGCAUGCAAGAUGUUCUAUUUCUUGCCAAUGACAUCAAUAUUGCAGAUUUUUUUGAUACAACAACUGCAGGAGGUGCUGAUAUAAAGCUUGCUGCCAAUUGGAUUAUGGGAGAUAUUGCUGCGUACAUGAAAAAUGAAAAAGUGACUAUCAAUGAGAUUAAACUUACCCCUCAAGAACUGGGGGAGCUCAUAGCUUCCAUUAAAGAUGAGACUAUCAGCGGAAAGAUUGGGAAGGAGAUUUUAUUUGAGCUAAUCGCCAAGGGUGGAACAGUCAAGGGACUGAUAAAAGAAAAGGAUCUGAUUCAGAUUGUUGACACUGCGGAGAUUGAGAAAAUGGUAGAUAAGGUGAUUGCAGAUAGUCCAAAGCAGCUGGAACAAUACCGUGGUGGUAAAACUAAAUUGCAAGGUUAUUUUGCUGGCCAGGUGAUGAAGGAAUCGAAAGGCAAAGCAAAUCCAAAACUUUUGAACAAAAUCCUUUUAGAGAAAUUAAAUGCCAAAAGCUGAUGUUGGCUGUCAUCUGAUCAUCGAUUGGCUACUGAUGAAGAAUCGAUAUUAACUGGUGAUAAUCUUGAUAUCGCCAACAAGUGGAAGCACCUGAUAAGAGCUUUCAGAUCAUUUGCAGAUCAUCAGAACUGAGGUAGAGAAAUUUAGCAGAGUUAGGAUAGGUCAUUAUUUUCGACAUUUUUUGGACUAGUUCUUAAUAAGAACAACGAUGGUAUAUUUUCGAACUACCAAAGUUAUGAUUUAUGUACUAGCAUCAGGGGAGAAUAAGCUAAUUGUUAAUGCAAUUGCAGCUGAUACCUUCUUCCUUAAA